UUCAGCUGUUGAUAGCGUUCCUCACUUGGGACGGCCUGAUUCCGGUUUCCAUGUUUUUGCCAUCACUGGAUGACACGUGUUUGAGAUAGUUGACGGAGCUCCGGCACACUGCAUUCAGUUUCAGAAACGCUGUAUUAAAAGGAGUGUUUUAUUAAGUUUAUGCUGAUUAUUCGACUAUUUUAGUUAGUAGUUCAGUUUUCGAUAAAUGAUUUAAGGAUUUAUCGAACUGUUAAUUCAACUCUUUGGCAAUUUUUGCCUUCCUUUUUAUGAAUCAGCGGCGAAUUAAUUGAAAUUCUGCUUUUUCUUUAAUAAUCAUUAUGUCUGUGAAGGAUUUUUGCCAAUGAUCAAAAUUAAUUCCUGUCAAUUAUAAUUAUAGUAGUUUCAUCAUCACUAAACAUAUUUAUGGUUUAUUAGACUCAGUGACAUUUGCCUUAAAAAUAAAUUAAGGCUGUUUUUCUGAUAUCGUUAAAACCUUUAAAACAAAGAAGCGGAAACAGCAUUUUUUGUUCUCAUGCGUAUUAUUUAAUAAAUUUAUCAUUUGAAUAAUAUUCAACAUGAGCAAAGAUAUAGUCAAAUUAAUUUCAUAGAACACAGGUGGAAGUCAUGAAGAGUUCGACGUUUGUUAUCUUUCAGAUUACUUGACUUUUUAAAUCCUUGGUCUAAGAUCAUGAACUGUGACAAGAAUGACAUCUUCCUGCUCGUACAUAGUUGUGGUCUUCGCACUUUAUUUGAUAUUCUGUGCUCGCGAUUCCCUCUCGUCUGGUACUUUCGAACUACAGAUUCUUGGCAUACAGAAUUAUCGAGGAGAACUCGCGGAUGGUUCUUGUUGUGGCGGUUAUCGUUUGAGAGAUGGUUCUUGCCCUGUUCAGUGCAACACAGCUUUUCAGUUAUGUUUGAAGGAAUAUCAGUCUCAAGUCGAGACAAGUGGCAAGUGCACCUUCGGCAAUCAGUCAACGGACAUUGUCGCUGGCAACUCCUUUUCAGUGCAAUCCGAACCUAACAAAGAAAUUGUUCUGCGGUUGCCUUUCACUUUUCGAUGGACUAGAUCCUUCACAUUUAUCUUAGAUGCCUUGGAUGUUGUCAACAGGAACAGCCCUCGUACAGCUCGAAUAAUCGAACGCAAAGUAUAUUCUGGAAUAAUUUUACCUAGCUUGGAGUGGCACACACUGUUAUACACUGGCACAGCUGCAAAGAUCAACUUUCGCAUUCGUGUAAUGUGUGAUCCAUAUUACCACAAUAGUACUUGUACCGUUUUCUGCAGACCAAGAAAUGACAAAUUCGGUCACUAUACUUGCAACGAAAAAGGUGAAAAGUUGUGUCUGCCUGGUUGGCGAGGAGAUACUUGCGAAGAAGCUAUUUGUAAAGAUGGGUGUCAUCCUGAACAUGGGUAUUGUGAACAACCUGGUGAAUGCAUAUGUAGACAUGGUUGGAAAUCGGAAUUUUGCGAUCAGUGCGUUCCUUAUCCAGGCUGUAUACACGGAUAUUGCAAUGGCAGUCCAUGGCAGUGCAUCUGUGAUGUAAAUUGGGGUGGCAUUCUUUGCGAUCAAGAUCUCAAUUACUGUGGUAAUCAUUAUCCAUGUCAGAAUUUCGGCACAUGUGAAAACGUUGCACCUGACGAAUACCGAUGUCGAUGUCUAAAGGGAUUUUCAGGAAAUAACUGCGAGAUCGUUGACAAUCCUUGCGUAAUGUAUCCCUGUUUGAAUGGUGGUACGUGUUCAGAAAUAAAUUCCACAUAUAGUUGCACAUGCAGUCAAGGAUGGACUGGAAAUCGUUGUCAACAAAAUGUGAAUGAAUGUGAGUCGGCCCCCUGUCUUAAUGGCGGAACAUGCAUAGAUUUUGUCAAUGGUUAUCACUGUUUGUGCGUACCAGGCUGGGAAGGAGACACGUGUCUAGAUGAUGCUAAUGAGUGCGAUUGGCAGCCAUGUGUAAACGCUGUGGGAUGCCACAACCAUGAAGGCGAUUAUGAAUGCGAAUGUCAAGAUGGCUGGGGAGGAAAAAAUUGUACGAUAAAUAUCGAUGAUUGCGUUGGACAUUGUCAGAAUGGAGCAACAUGCAUAGAUUUAGUAAAUGACUAUCAUUGUGCAUGCCUUCCUGGGUUUACAGGAAGGGACUGCCAAACGAAUAUUAAUGAAUGUGCCAGUAAUCCUUGCAUUAAUGGCGGAGAAUGUGUUGACUUUAUAGCAGGAUAUAGAUGCAUAUGCCCUGUUGGUUAUAAAGGAUUACAAUGUGAGAUUGACGUAGAUCUCUGCAAUCCUAAUCCAUGCAGAAACGGUGCGUCUUGUUUCAAUAUGCAGAGAGAUUACUACUGCCAUUGUCGUAACGACUUCUUUGGAAAGAAUUGUUCUUAUCGAAGAAAUGAUUGCUCUCAACUAUCUUGCGAAGGUUUAGAUAGCUGUGUAGCUGUCAUUUCAUCCAAUGAGUCUUCUGUAGAAAUUAUCAAGACUAAUGUAUGUGGAGAACACGGAAAAUGUAUUAGUGAACCUUUUUCUGAUUUCAGCUGCGUUUGUGAUCCUGGAUAUACAGGCCGCUAUUGUCAUGAAAAUAUAAAUGACUGUGCCUCUUAUCCAUGUCGAAAUGGAGGAACUUGUUUAGAUGGCUUAAACUCCUAUCAGUGCAUAUGCCGUGACGGCUAUGAAGGACCUCUUUGUAAUAUUGAAAAAAAUGAAUGUGAUUCUAACCCAUGCUUAAACAAUGGAACGUGCAUCGAUGCCGAAGCCGGAUUUUAUUGUGAAUGCAGACAUGGAUGGAAAGGGAGGACAUGUAAUCUAAAACACGGGCACUGCGAUCAAACAACGUGUCAAAAUGGAGGUACUUGUCGGGACUUGGGAGACACAUUCCACUGCACUUGCACGGACAACUGGGUCGGACAUGCUUGCCAUAUAGCUGUGAACCCAAGCUGCAAAUCUAAUCCUUGCCAAAAUGGCGCAACAUGCGUGAACACAGAAAACGACUACUAUUGCAUAUGCCAUGAAGGAUUUGAGGGCAAGCAGUGUCAAAACAAUAUUGAUGACUGUAAGCACAAUCCUUGUUUCAAUGGAGGUCACUGCAUUGAUGGCAUAAAUUGGUUCAUGUGUGAAUGUGCUCUUGGAUUUACUGGGCCUGACUGCCGUAUUAAUAUAAAUGAAUGUGCUUCUUCUCCUUGUGCGGAAGGAUCUACUUGCGAGGACAGUAUAAAUGAUUUUCGCUGUAUAUGUCCUCCAGGUAAAACUGGAAAACAUUGCGAAAUAGAUACACAAAAAAAUUGUGAGUUUCAAGGUAUCAAACAGAUGGAAGGCAGUGAAUGGGAAUUUGAAUGUAACACCUGCAUCUGUCAAGAAGGGAAAGUUAUCUGCUCUAGGGUUUCGUGUGAGAAAAAGACGUGUGAACAUCGAAUGAACUUUGAAGAUUAUAGUAAACAAUGUCCUCGUGGAGAGUUAUGUGUUCCUCAGUUUUCGUAUCCAUGUUUGUCUACUCCAUGUGAAGUUUCCAGAUUUUGUCUGUCUCAUACGAAUACUCAUCUUUAUUUAAAGGAUCAUAUGCCAACACACUGCAAACCAAAUGAUGCUACUCCUGGAAAUAAUUGUGCCAAAUUAUCUUUAGCAUUUUCCGAUAACAUUCUAUUCUUGCUUCAUUCUACUGAUGGGAUAUGUUUAGAGAUACAGGAGUUAAUAUGGUCCCUUGAUUUAAAUAUUCCUGUAUUUGCGCAGUGUGCAUUCCAGAAGAAUGUAGCUCACAUUGUUGAAGUUACAGUC